AUGAGUGAGGUCACAGCACCUGAGAAGACCCUUCCAACAUGCCCGCCAAUAACUCCACGUGCUAUACCAGAGAUGACGUCUAUUGUAGCACUCUGGAAAACGCCAUCUAUCGUAGGAACAGGGGUCAUAAUCAAACAAUACAGAGUUCAAUACAAAGUGAAGAAUUCAAAAACAUGGCUGGACAAAUGCACAGAAGGCAAUAUAGAGAACUGUGUCAUUGAAGGACUUGAAAAGAAGAUUGUGUAUGAAAUCUGUGUGUGUGCCAUUUGUGGCGAUGAUGGAGAAAGUGCUCCCAGCGAGGAGAUAGAAUGUGAGACGUUAGGAGAAGGGGUAACUACAGCAGCCCAUAGACUCUUAAGACAGAGUAAAUUGCUUACACAAUGGCAACCUUCUGUAUAUAAGCUUCAGGCUGACUGCAGACGAUCUGGGUAUCCAACUUUCAGUUUGGGAAGAGAAAAUCCCGAGACAGUUAAUAAGGCCAUAUUACUGAUAGGAGAAAUGGGCUCCGGGAAGACCACCCUCAUCAAUGGAAUGUCCAACUAUAUCCUUGGUGUGGAUUGGAAAGAUGAAUUCAGAUUUAAACUGGUCCAUGAGGUUAUGAAUCAGUCUGAAGCUCACAGCCAAGACUCUCCAGUUACCGUCUAUAAGUUAAACCAUGAAAGCGGUUAUAAAAUCCCUUAUUCUCUCACCUUGAUAGACACCCCAGGAUUUGGCGACACCCAAGGAAUGGCGCAAGACAAAAAAAUCACAGAAGCCAUCAAUGAUUUUUUUAUAAGUGACAAUGGCAUCGACCAGAUCAAUGCCGUCUGCUUUGUUGUUCAGUCUUCUUUAGCUCGACUUACACCCACCCAAAAAUACAUUUUAGAUUUUGUGUGUUCUUUAUUCGGAAACUUGACCAGAGACAGUAUAUUUUUUCUUAUUACCUUCUGUAAUGGUGAUAGGCCUCCAGUACUAGAGGCAAUUAAAGCAGCAGCUAUUCCUUGCUCCCUGGACAGUAAGGGGGACCCCAAACACUUCAAAUUUAAUAAUUCUGCACUCUUUGCUGAGAACACUGAGAAUGAAACUAAAUUGAAUCACAAGUUUUGGGCGGUGGGUGAGGAAGCUAUGAGGGUGUUUUUCAAGUGGCUGAACACUGAAGAGGCUAAAGGUUUUAGGAUUACCAGAGAGUUGCUCAAUGAACAGAAAGGAGUAAAGGACACAUUGCAGGAUCUGCAGUCACUAAUCAAAGCUGGGCUUUCAAAGGUGGUUGAAAUUAGAACCACACAGAGAGCUUUGCAAGCAAACAUAUUUCUUCAGGCUACAAAUAAAGACUUCACAAGUGAGAUUGAGACCUAUGUAGACGCCGUGAUGCCCAUUGAUAAUGGUGUAAUUAAUUGUUCGCAAUGUGACUUCAUUUGCCACUGUCCCUGCACAUGUAACGUCACCAGUGAAGACCUGUCCAAAUGUUCUUCAAUGGAUAAAAAGGGGAAUUGCCUAAACUGCCCAGGAAAAUGCAGCUGGCAAACUCAUUUUAUCGAAAGGCACACAUCUGAGAAGGUAAAACAAAGUGUACAACUCACCGAUGGGCAAAAAGCACAAACUUACCAUAAAUCCUGCCAGGAGAUCGAAAGACUGAGCGAGGAACUCAGUUACCUUCAAGAAAUGUUAUCCACGAUAAAAAAAGCGACUCAGGAAGUUAUACAUCCGUACUGUAGAAAUCUGGAGGAUCUGUAUGGGAUUGUGUUAGGAAACGACUUCUUUCAGUUUCCAGAUCACAUAACGCUAAUAAUACAGUCCGAGAAACAGGCAGCCAAGCCUGGCAACCAGGCGAGGCUCCGAGCACUCGAGCAGGUUAGAGAAACGGCACAGUCAUUGCAGAAGAUAUUCAGCAAAGAUGAUACCCUGAACAAUCCUUAAAUUAUUGUGGAACGAUUCUAAUUCUAAGGAGCUAUAACACAAGAGCGCUGGUGCUUCAAGUGAAUUAAUAUUGCACGAUAUGAUGUACAAUGGUGCUUUCCCAACACCUAUAAUAGUGAUCACAAUAAACACAGCAUGCUAACACACAAUAUCACAUACACCUUAUAAAGUGCAACUGAAUACAAAUAUAUUUAUCAGUAAACUUCAUGAAGAUUCAACAAGACAAAUGGUAAUUGUUCCCAUGUGAAGGACAUUACAGAGCCGUCGCAUGGCGUGUGUCUAUGCCGGCUGUUUAAACAGCAGCUACUACAAGUUACAGCUCAAGCAUUGAGGAAGACUCAGAAGCGAGUCAAAACGCGUCUGCUUAAAUUCAUAAAGGACUGCGUGGUGAAAUACGGAUUGUAACAUUGCUCGCUGUUACAGGCUUCUGUAUUUUAUUAAUUUUAUUCACACUUUUUUGUCUCAAUAACGUUACUCCUUCCGGAUCUUGCAAAGCAAGCUAUCGAUUCUACAUAUUGUUGCAAGAUCCAUGUAUUUGUGGUCUCCUUUUGCCUGGAGAGGCACGCUUGGGUUCACAUGGGAACAAUUACCAGUUGUCUUGUUGACUCCUCAUGAAGGUUGCUCAUAAUUACAUUUAUAUUCAGUUGCACCUUCUAAGGUGUAUGUGAUAUUGUGUUAGCACCCUGUGGUUUUUUUUGCUCACAAUUCUAAUUCUAAGUUGUAUAUUUUUAACAAAUGGAAGACCCAGGUCAGGUGGCAAAAAUUCUGUAUCACAUAUGUAAUAAUUACUAUAAUUGUUAAUGGGCUUACUUAACCUCUUAAGGACGGAGGCAAUUGUAAAAGUUGUGACCAAAGAAAAACCUAGAGUUGGAGCCAUAAGUCUGUUCAAACAUAAUUUACCUCUUUCAUAUUAAGUGCACCCACACCUAUAUGAUUUUGUUCAGGCUUUCAAUCACAUCAAAUAUUUAUAUCUAAAACAUAAUUUAAUAUGAAUGUAUAAUAUAAUUGU